AUGUGUCGACAACCGUCCGAACAAUCGGUACAGGCUGCCCUUGGCGCGAUCGUGCCCAGUCAUGUAACGGUCCACAGCUUACGGCCAGUUGCUUCCCUUCGACCGCAGAGGAUAUUCGAAGUCAGUCUUUCGGACGGGAAAACGCUCCUCCUUUCACUCCCACCACAAGCCCUCUUCAGGCUUUUGAGGCACGAACAAUCCUUGAUAGGCUCCGAAGCCGCGACUGUUCGGUGGAUCAGGGAUGCUCUUGCCAGAAAUUACUCGACGAGAUUCACAAAACCAACACUUCAGAGAUUCCUCCCAGCCCUUGUGCAUACAUCAAGUCACGGUCCUGCCGAGCUAGGGUCAGCAUACAACGUUUUCGAACAUCAACAUGGCAUCCCCGUCGCUUUGUUGCCGUCUCCCCCCAGUCCUUCGGAGCGUAAACGUCUGGAUAAACACCUCGGCCAGUUUUACCGAUCACUCUCGUCGAUAACAUCACCGUCGGGCCGGUUUGGCCCCGUGGCUGCUGUCGUCCCUAAAAUGCCAGGAGUAGAGCUUUCGGACAAGAACGCGGGGUUUGGAGAAGGCGGCUUGAUGGCAGCCGACGGAGCGAGAAACUGGUCAACCGCCUUCCAGUCAUUACUAGAGGGUGUUUUAAGAGACGGCGAAGACAUGGCAGUCACAAUGGCCUACUCCCCGAUACGAAGACAUUUCAGGCGAUUUGCACACUUGCUCAACGAGGUCAAGGUACCGAGGCUGGUGGUUGUCGAUAUGGCUGAUGACACAAACACUUUGGUCACCGUCGAGACCCCAACAAGCACAAACGGUUAUGGCAGCUACAUGGCAACACCACAAGCAGCAUCAACAUCAGCAUCAGAUAACAUUGGCGGUGAACGACAGCUAACACUUACCGGCCUUCAAGAUUGGAGCAAUUGCGUCUUCGGUGAUCCCCUACUAGCCACCGUUUUCAGCGACGGCAUCUCCGAAUCCUUCAUGGAAGGCUUCGAAACCGGCCCUCCUACUACCAAUGCGAACGAGCGUAACGGAAGUAGCAGCAGAAAUACCAGCGUCAGCACCCACAGCACCAACACAGGAGUCAUGUCCAUCACGGCUAUCACCGAACAAACCACCAUUUCCAGCCCCCCACGACCACCACCACCCCCACCACCCGCCGUCAGCAGCAGCAACAACAACAGCAGCAGCAGCGACGGUGACAUUUCCUCCCUAAUCGAGGACCUCCCCAACGCCGGCAUCCGACUGUUGCUAUAUCAAGUCUACCACGCGGCACUGUGCAUCGUCAAGGAAUUCUACCGACCUCGAUCGGCCCCUCCUUCCACCUGCUCGUCGCCAACCUCCUCCUCCUCCAGCUCUCUAAGCACCAACAGGGAGCUAGAAGCUCGCAAGAAGCUCACCGAGGCUUUGAACAGGCUGGAGGCGGCCGUGCCGGUGGUUACCCCAACGUCUUCGCUGGGGUUACCUGUUCUCCCCCAUCCUCAUCACUCCUCUUCCACCACCACUUCUUCUUCUUCUUCUUCUGCGUCCUGCAUCUCCUCCUCCUCCUCCACCAAGAAGCAGAACCUCCUCCUCCUCAACAACAACAACAACAACAACAACAGCAACCACUCCUCGCCGGUAGCCAGUGCUAGGUCGUUGUUGCUUGGAGUAAAAGACAACAAUAAUAGCAAUAGCAGGAGUAGUGAUAGCGUGCUGGCGAAAAAGAAGCUGCAUCAUCGGCCGAGUGGAGAUAUGAGUCCUGCCAAGAGGGCGAAGAGUGCUGGUAGUGAUGAGGAGAGGGAGUGA